CAAGGAACCGUUCUUAAAAGGAUUGCAAGAGUGACGCCUUGGUAAAGUACGGUUGCUUAUUCCAUGUAUUUUGUUCUUUCGGGGUUCUGCCAAGUCUAACCAUAUAAUAUUUUAACGCUAAAUACCAGUGCUGUUGGUCUGUUAGGCAAAGCCCGCAAUGCUCUCGCGUCUCUGGCUACCGCUAAGGUGCUUUGGGCGCUCUUUGGGCUGUCGCAGCGCAGCUGUCCUAUAUUCAAUACAACCUCCGACAUGUAGUAGCGAAGCUGAGAGCGGCGAGACCUCACUCCGCAAGCUUGAACGGGUUGCCUUCCGGAACAAUGGCAGUGCUGCCAGCGCAAGGGCCUGGAAAGAAUGGUACCCGUCGACUGAUAUGUCUAAAGGGACCAUCGUGAGGGCCUUUGCGGGGGCGGCGCGGUCGAGCAUUCGGGGGCGCAACACCCCUGGCGUUCGUGUUGAUGGCAGCGUCAUCCGUGACCUGCCUACGUUGUUGGCAAAGGCAGAGGCUCGAGCAAAGGCUUGGCACCCAUCAGACCUACAUGCCGCAUUCGAUAAUGUUGUAAAGUUGCCUGGCCAAAGCGCUGAUGAUGCAAAGCUCCUCCACCGUGUGCUGGCAGUGCUCUCAGCCGCCUACCUGCCACACAUACCCAACCUGGCUCAACCCCAUCUCUGCACCAUCCCGCUGUGGGCGUGUGCCAAGGCGGACUACUGGGAUCGCCAGCUGGUGACAGCACUGCUUGGACGGCUGGCGUGGGAUGGUGGAAGGCUGCUGGUACAGGCCAGCGGGCAAGAACAUGCCAACCUGUGGUGGGCAAUGUCCAAGGCACCAAAGGAAGUAGUAGCGGAAGCAGAUGGACUGCUCCAUGCAAGCGCAAUCUUCGUCCAGCACAUGAGCGCCCAGCAGCUCAGCCCCCAGAACUGCUCCAACAUCCUCCUGGCUUGUGUCCGGCUGCAGCGUCGCCACGACCCCCUGCUGCACCACCUGGCCGCCUGCCUGGUGCAGCUGCUGCCCAACACCAACUGCCAGGACCUGGCUAACUCCCUGUAUGCAUUGGCUGUGCUGGGGUGCUCAGGAGGUGCUCAUGCUGCUGCUGUGCAGCAGUUAUGUUACGAGGUGCACCAGCGCCUUCGGGGACCAUCUGCGCGGGAGUUUGUACCUCAAGCGUUGUCCAACCUGCUGUGGGCCCUGGAGAGGCUCCGACCAGAUGACACGCAGGAGCUCGUACAGGCCUUGGCUGCUGAGUGCAGGAGACGCAGCUUUGCUGGCUUCAAUGCACAGGACAUCAGCAAUGCUGCCUGGGCGCUCGCUAAGCUGUGGUACAGUGAGGCGUGUGCACCCAGUGUGCACCAGCAGCAGGACUGGUUCAAAGCCGCUGCCAUUGCAGCAAGUGCUCCUGGUGCCAUGAGUGGUGCCAGUGCCCAGGCUUGGUCCAACCUCUGGUACGCAUUCGCGCUCGUGCGGCAUCGCCCUGGUCCUGGCCUGCUGCAGGCGGUGCAGGCUGAUGUGCACCUGGAGGCCCUUCGCAACCGCGCAAAUUCCCAGGCCUGCGCCAACCUGCUGUGGUCUCUGGCAGGGCUUGGCAGCUACGAUCAGCGGCUGGUGGAUGUGCUGGUGAAGCGGCUGGGGGAGCUGGUGGGGCGGCCACAGGGGCCAAGCAAAGGGGGGGAGGGACCAACAAUGCAGAACCUAACGAACAGCCUGUGGGCGCUUGCAGUGAUGGGCCCUGACGUGCUGUCUCGCCACAGCGGCCUGGUGGAGGGGCUGCUGAGGGAGGUGGUGCGGAGGUGGGAGCGGGAAGGAAAGACAAGCACUAGCAUGGAAGGUCUGGUGCAGUUGUGGCAGGUGCAGCAGGAGCUCGAGCACAUAAGCAGCGGCAGGGGCAGUGGUAAACAGCUGAGCCGAAUCCUUGCAGCAGCUGAUGGUGAACGCACCACUUCAUUGCUGCAUGCCAUGAAGCAUGCUGUUGAGGAGGGACGCGCGGCGGAUGACAACGCCAAUCCACAGUUGCUGCCGCAGGCGGCAAACACCCUUGUGCGCCUUCAAGGACAGUUAGCUGGGCAGACAGCAAGCAAGAGCAGCAAGGCAAGCAACAAUGUCACGGGUAGCAGCUGCACCACUACUGGUCCCACCAUCCUUGCUAUCCAGCAGAAGCAGCAGUUGGAUGGGAUCUGUGGCUGUGUAGACAUCGUGCUUGAAAUGGAGGGAGGGAGGCGCGUGGCAGUGGAGGUAAAUGGGCCAUUGAACUUCCUGGCCAGCCACCGGCGCACCAAGACCGGCCCCACCCAGCUGCGGGACAGGCAGCUGGAGCGGGUGUUUGGGGCGGGGAACGUGGUGAGCGUGCCGUACUGGGAAUGGGACAAGCUGCAAGGACCUGAGGCCCGGGAGCAGUACAUGGCGCGCUUGCUGGGCCUGACGCUGCCGGGACAACAGCAGACUGCCGGGACAACAGCAGAGGUAGAUGAGUAGGCAGGAACCGUCGUGCAUCUCGUACUGUAGGGCCAUACGCAAAUGCAAUGCACGAGCGUCUUGGAAAACGUGUUGUAUGUGUAAGCAACGUUUUGUGCAGGCAUGGUGGCGGCAUGGUUAUUGUGAGCGCAUGAUUAUGGACGUGCAUGCUUAUUCCUACAUGUACGCAACUCGAAAUUUGCACCUUUUCAACAAGUUGUGUUGACACAUUUAGUACAGAAGCAGACUUGUGAUUUCUGUUUACCAGUUCAUGUAGCUGGUUCGAUGGCAGCAGGCUUAGCUGCUGCCAGUAGGACCGUGGGGCUGUAGCUGUAUUGAGUCAGUUGUUGCCAGCCAGAGGGAUGAUAGCGGCAUCUGCAUCCAGUCGACCCAGUCGCCUGCCGGACACUUCACCCUGGUUAGCUGUGUGGACGUCUUGGAACCUCAGCCGUGUAGGUUGUUGCUUGUGGGGGGCCGUGUGCUAGCAUUCCGGGGGCACCAAGGAGCCAUGCGUGGUGCACAUAGCGCCGCCCUGUCAAGCCCCUGGCAACGGGGAAACGAGUCUUCCUUCACAUAACCUCCAGGCUUUGCUGUAUGCUAGCAUCAUAAUCCAUAAGAGAGGAGGCAUAGUUGGAGAAGAGGAACACCAGUGCAGGGCCAGCAUUGGCAUUAUGCAGUGAAUUUAGAUGUCUUGUCAUGUUUUUAUUUACUUUGUCUGCCGUACAUCAAUAGCCUGGGCCACACUGGCGAGGGGCGUUUUGGGGAUGUAUCCACCCACCCCUGGUGGUAGACAUUUGCGGUAUAUUACGGUACUUCACUAUCUUGGACGUGCCCGUUAAUGCGGUCUGCAGACGGGUUUCUCAGUGCGGUUGGGUGCACACCUGUUGUACGACAGCUCAGGACCGUAUUUAUAUAAUAGCCUUACCACCUAAGUAUGAUUUGUCUCUCCUGAACCCUGACCCUGCCGGGCCCCUACCAUGGCUUUCGUCUUGGGCAGGCAUUACGCUGUUGGGUUGUCGUUGACUCUGUGGCUGUACCGGUAUGUCCGACCAGGGUUGGGCCAUGGGCUGGUUGUGGUGGUGGCGUUGCAAGCACAUGGGCCGCCGCUGGGAAGGAGCUUUGGUCGAUAGCCUCCUGCCGUCCGGCCAUAUGUACCGCACGUAUGUCUUGGAUGCCGUACAAACACUUGCCGUACACGAAAGCCGAAACGUUUUGCCAAGACCCGGGUCUCGGUUGGGACCUCCCAUGCAUGUCCUUACCUCAGCC